AUGCAGCAGCAGCAGCAGCAGCAGCAAGGCUUCCAGUCCCUGCUGCCAAUAGCUGCAGCAGCAGCAAGCAGAAGCAGCACAGGCAUCGAUGGUUCUUCAUCCUCUUUAGGACUCCGAUGGGCCUUGGGAGCAGCAGACAGUCGAGCACUAUUUCGCUGGCAAGCCCGGGUGUACAUGCAGCAGCAGCAGCAACAGCAGCAGCAGCAGCAGCAGCAGCAGCAGCAGGAGACCUCGCGGGGUCUGCUGCUGCUGGCGGAGGCAGUGCUCUCCAGGUUUGCAGAUUGUGAGACGGACCAACGGCGCGAGCUGUUGACGGAGUGUUUGCUGCAGCUGCUGCUGCAGAAGGGGGAUGAGUCAUAUUCAGCAGUCGCUGGGGUCUCUCCUCUGCAGCAGCAGCAGCAGCAACAGCAGCAGCAGCAGCAGCAGGUAGAAAGUCUAUGGGCACGGCUAGAGCGCAGUAGCGGCGGAGAGCUGCCGCUGCUGCUGCCGGGUGAGCUGCUGCAGUGGGUGGCGCUGGACUGUCUCUUCGAGGCUCACGAGCAGCAGGUGCUGCAGUGCAGCAGGGAAGCAGCAGCAGCAGCAGCAGAUACAAUUGCAGCUAUUGCUGCUGCUGAGCCAGGGCAGCAACACGCUGCGGUGGUGGAUGCAUGCAAUAUGCUGGAUGACUCUGUCUGCUGCGGUCUGCUGCUGCGCUGUCGCCCAGAGGCGCUGCAGCAGUGGGCUGUUUCCUCUCUGUUAACACUCUACAGCGGCAGCAGCAGCAGCAGCAGCAGCAGCAACAGCAGCAGCUCGAUCGUCAAGGAGUUGCAGCUACCGCUGACGCACUGGGUCGCUCUGCAGCACCUGCAGCAGCAGCAGCAGCAGCAGCAACAGCAGCAGCAGCAGUGGGUAGCUUCGCUCAGCAGCGUUGAAGGGCCCAUCUGGCCUGUGCGUUUCUCGCUGCUGCCGAUGCCUCAACUAUUUCGUUUUGCUGCUGCAGCAGAUGCGCCUCAUUUGUCUUUGCGUGCUUUGCUGCUGGACUUGGCUCUGCACCUGCCUGCUGUCCUGCAGCAGGAGCAGCAGCAGCAGCAGCAGCAGCAGCACACCUUCGGAGCUGCGGAGAGCAUCCAUGCAGCAACUGCUGCUCUUCUGUCACGCCUCUUUCUUCAGGCUUCUGCAGCAGCUGGAAGCUGCCCGACAGUUAGCAUGCUACAGCAGCUGCUGCCAGCAGCUCAGCAUACAGCAGGAAGCCCUGUGCUGCAGUUGCUGCUGCGCUGCUGCGACUUCGCUUGGUCGGGGCUGCCGGAGCACUGCGUCAUGCCCUCCUCCUCAGCAGCAUCAGCAGCAGCAGCAGCAGCAGCAGCAUUGGAUGUGCUGCAGAAGGGGAACAUGAUUGUGCGCUGCUGCCUGGAAGUGUUGCAUGCUGUAUGGCAGCAGCAGCAGCAAGAGCAGCAGGAGCAGCAGCAGCAGCAGCAGCAGCAGCAGCAGCAAGAACAGACUGCAUUGCCUGCUGAUCUUCUGCUGAUUGCAACAGGAUGGCAGCAAGAGGCUACCUUCUAUUUUUCUGAUUCGGUUGAGGUGUAUGUACACCUCCUUGCAGAGGAGACGCUCAUCGAGCAGACCUGCGACAUCUUUAAUGCACAGCUGCAGCAGUUGCAGCAGCAGCAGCCGCAGCAGCUGCAGCAGCUGCAGCAGAGCCUGCAGUGGCUUGAAGCAGCAAAAGGUGGGGGUCUCAGCAGCAGCAGUAGCAGCAGCAGCAGCAGCAGCAGCAGCAGCUUGCUGUACAGAGCAGCACAUAACGAAGCGCUGGGUUUUGUAUUGAACAGCCUCUGCGAUAUGAAGGAAAAGUCGCCGCAGCAGCAGCAGCUAGCAGAAGCAGCAAGGAUGAUAAAAGUGCUGCUGCAGAGUGCAGCUGCAGCAAAAACACCCCUCCAGCUGCAGCAGCAGCAGCAGCAGCAGCAACAGCAACAGCUGCUGCUGCAGCAGCAGCAGCAACUCAUGAUGCUACCCCAUGCCUACCCAGACGCUCUAGGCGGGGCAAUGUGUGGGUGGGGGGGGCAGUGA